AUGCUCAUCUUUCCCACGUGUUUAUCUGCUCUGUGGGCCUGUCUUCUUCUGUCGUUACACUUCGCACGCGCAGCCAGCCCGUACGCGCUUCCCAGCACAUGGUCAACCGAAAAGACGAAGUCCAGCGUGUCGCUCGCAGAUCGUGAGGCAUAUGCGAGCCGCGCAGCAGCCCUACUUGUGGCGGAGAUGACCAGCGCUCUCGGUACCAUCGAUGGAUUUGAUGCCGCCCGCGCAGCUGAGCUCGUGGCGGUGCUUGCUCUUCAGGACUGGCUCAGCGGCAACACGACCAAUAAAGCCGCUGUGCAGAAGAGCUUGGAUGUCUACGAGACCCAGAAGCCUGAAUACCCAAAUUCCUCUGGUGUUGAAUCAUGGAAUUCGGAUAUCCUAUACUGGGGUCUCGCAGCAUACUACGCGCACCGGGCUUAUUCCGCCGAUGAUACCUAUCUGGGUCUGGCCGUCAACAACUGGCAGCUUGUUACGCAGAGUUUCAUACCUGCGAAUGGCACGCUGCCACGUUCUGCCAAGGUCACUGCUGGUUGUACGGGCAAGUCGUUGGCGGGCGGUGUAUUCUUGGUGAGGGAUGCACCGGAUGACCCAACGAUAUGGAGCUUCGUUACGGCCAUGUAUAUAACAUUAUCGUCCUAUCUGUACGAGACCUCCAAGGACGACAACUACCUUACACACGCGGAGGCCACCGCUUCAUUCUUUCAAACUGUUUUCCUCGAUUCUCAGGGUCUUGCGCCGUACUCUGUCAACGUUACGUCUUGCUCUUUCAACACUGCACUCUCAUCAUGGGUAUCUGGAGCUGCUAUCGAAGGCUUCGCCGUCUUGGCGAAUGUUUCGGGGAACUCGACUUGGUCGGACAUGCUUGCAGAAGUACUUCCUGCCGCUCUCCAAAGCACGGCGCCUUGGAAUACAGCUGAUGGAAGGAUUUCAGAAGACGACACCCAGCACCCGACGUACUAUCAGAAUGUCCUCAAGGGUAUGCUCAUGCGAGGUGUACUGGAAGCGCGUCGCCGCAAUCCCUCUGCAUCGGAUCUCGUAACCCUGGUCGAUGGCUACAUCACGAUUCAGUUCAAUUCUCUACUGAAUGCCACUGUCAACAGCACGGCGGACACGUACUCCACGUCAUGGGUGGGCGCACAAGACAACUCGGUGGAUCUGACGGGGAACGUUGGUGCCCUCGAUGUGCUCAACGCUGCCUUUGCUAUCGCGGGAAGCCUACCGUCCGUGUCUAGCAACGGAUCCUCCAGCGGGACGGGAGGAUCAGGAGAUAGUGAGCCUUCCAGCGGCAGCAGUGGGUCUUCGGGAGAUGGAAAUGUAUCUGGCCAUUCAUCGAGCGUCGGAGCCAUCGCCGGAGGUGUGGUAGGAGGCGUUGCGGCUGUAGCGCUUCUUGGCCUCGCGAUAUUCUUUUAUCGCAGGCGUCGCACAGCGAACGUAGGGGAAGCCAAAGCGCGCAACAAUGCGAUGGCAGCAGAUCCAUUCCCUCCGGGCUCUCUGGAGUCGCCUGGCACCCCGUCUCGCUUCGAUCGCAAGUAUGCAACAGAAGGUGGUUCGCAACUCCCAUCACUCAUGGGUAGUCCUACGACUGCGCAGACUACGAGCAGUCCCGUUGCGUCCAGCCUAUCGCUUCUCAAUACCCCGCGGCCGCGGCUUCAGUCUGACCCUGUUUCCCCCAUGGCGCUGCAGCCCAACAGAGGACCCCAAACACCCACAGUCUACGCGUCACCUAUAGUUCAGUUCAACUCAAUCCUCAGGCCAUCCACGGCCUGA